ACAGUCUAUGGCUACAGCCUAUUCCUGUGAGUACGUUUUUUUUCACCCAUCCCCUGCAAUACCACUUGGUUGUUAUGUGGUUAGUGCCCUUGGUUACCACAUUUGUACCCAUCAUGCAUCACUGCUAGGAGAGCUUUUGAGGUAAUUUGGGCUUUAAUGUUAUGAUCUCUCUUUAGAUAACAGGAUUGAAAUGAAACAUCAAUAGCAAAACUUCGAACGCUAACGGAAGGUGUAUGGAUGCAAAUAAGAUCCAACUUUGGUGAGUGAAUCAAAUAAAGAAUGGAGAAGGAACAGCACAACAUUGUCGUCUUCAAUGUUUCGAAAAGAGAGUUGUUUACUACGAAUAAUGGAUACAAAUCCAUGCAGAAAAAACUAAGAGCGCAAUGGAAAAUCCAAAGUAUGAAGGAAGAGCUGUCUUUGGAGAAGCUGAAGGGUGCCAAGCUGUGGAUAACAGCAGGCCCUAGGGAGAAGUUCACAGCAUCAGAGCUGGAGGUACUGAAGCACUACCUGGAUGGAGGAGGAAAUGUCCUGGUCAUGCUUGGUGAAGGAGGAGAAAUGAAAUAUGACACCAAUAUCAACUUUCUCCUGGAGGAGUUUGGAAUAAUGGUCAACAAUGAUGCUGUUGUGAGGAAUGUGUAUUACAAAUACUUCCAUCCUAAGGAGGCACUUGUGUCCAAUGGUGUAUUGAACAGAGAGAUAAGUCGGGCUGCUGGCAAAGUGGUCACGGGCAACAUUGAAGAUGAAAAUGUUGGAAACAAUGCACAGGCUCUCACAUUUGUGUACCCAUACGGUGCCACACUGAGUGUGAUGAAGCCUGCAGUGGCUGUUCUUUCAACUGGCUCCGUCUGCUUCCCCCUCAACAGGCCUGUCCUGGCCUUCCAUCGAGGAAAGGAGGCUGGCAAACUGGCAGUGUUGGGUUCCUGCCACAUGUUCAGUGACCAAUACGUAGACAAAGAGGAGAACAGUAAAAUCAUGGAUGUUGUGCUCCAGUGGCUCAUGGCUGAUAAUAUUCAGCUGAAUCAGAUUGAUGCAGAAGACCCAGAGAUCACAGAUUACACCAUGCUGCCAGACACAGGGUGCUUAUCAGAACAGCUCCGAGUGUGCUUACAAGAGGGUGAUGAAAACCCCAGGGACUUCACCUCACUCUUUGAUAUGUCUUUGUUCAAUUUGUCAACCGACACUUUACCGCAAGUCAUCAGUGCUUACAUGCAGCUUAACGUCAAAAUCGAGCCACUACAGCUGAUCACACCACAGUUUGAGACGCCUCUGCCUCAGCUCCAACCUGCUGUCUUUCCACCUGCCUUAAGUGAUUUGCCUCCUCCCAUGCUGGACCUGUUUGAUCUAGAUGAAACGUUCUCAUCAGAGAAAGUGCGCCUAGCACAGCUCACCAAUAAAUGCACAGACGACGAUCUUGAAUUCUACGUGCGGAAAUGUGGUGAAAUUCUCGGGGUGACUCCAAAGUUGCAUAAAGAUCAGAGGGAUGCCAAGCACAUCUUAGAACACAUUUUCUUCCAGGUUGUAGAAUUCAAGAAACUCAAUCAGGAGCAUGAUACUGACACAGAGCCACCCUUCACAUUGUGAUUAAAUUCAAGAAAAAUGUUGACUCUUAUCUUUUUCAACAUACUGUAACAUGACCAAGCAGGUGUGAGUAAAUUCUUUGGUAAAAGGGACCAUGACAGUAGUUGUGGACUAUGCGGUAGCAACAUGGGUACUGUUGUGUGCUUGUAACACCGGCCUAUUGUAUUUCAUUUUUGGGAAAAGAAAUAUACAAUACACUUCAAUAAAAAUUAUUUAUGCUUUUAUUUAAAUAGUCAAAUCUUUUAAGAAAAACAAGGCAUACAGUUCUCUACACAUGAUCAUGUAAAAGAAAAAAAAAAGAAAAAAACACGAGCUAGAACAUGGAUUUGUAGAUUUUGCUAGAGCAAGCAUGUAACCGUCAGACAAACAAAGUGUUUAAGGAAAAAACAAAAACUCAUGUACAGGCGAUACUUCAUUCCUCCCAAAUAUCUGAAUUUUCUCCUUGUUAGGAUUGUUUAGAGGGACUUCUUAGCCAUGUCAAGGAGAAACUUCAGCUAGUGAAUGUUGCGUAGACUGGGGUUUUGGACUCCAAGUCGCCUCCAGAGCACUGGACUCCAUGCCUGGUUUGGGGCUGUUAUCGGAUUUAAUCAAAGACACAUCCCAAGACAUUUGAGAGACAGUGAGGUCACUGUACAAAUGGUCAAAACAAGCAGGCUCUUUUUGCUUUUGAAGGAGCACCUGGGGAGUGGAGGACUUUCCCAGUAAAGGCA